AUGGAAAUAUUAUUAUUACAAAAUAUGGUAAAGACUACAACAACAUCUAAUUUGGUUGAAGAGACUGUCUCUGCACCAAGUGGAUCCACCACUACAACUUCCACUGCCGUAGAGGAGAUAGUGCGUCCAGCUACCAACUUUGCUGAGGAGACAGUGCGUCCCGCCACUAGCACCACAACAACCACCACCUCCAACACCAUUAGAAACUCACCCCUCAGUGCCAAGAAGACUACCACUACCACCCAACAACAAUCGUCGUCGUCCAACCUCCACGAAGAACCAUACUACGGUCACUACAACGAUCACCACCACGUCUACGGAGACAACGGUCACGGCUACGGAGGUAGAGAGAGAUACAACCACGGAAAAAAUGAUUUCCGUGACGAGCGUUCCAACUACUGGAGAAACACUCAGGCCUACAAUGAAUACUACGACACUUCCGACCACGGUUACUGCCCAUUCUACAUGAAGCGUCGUGAGCUCUCUGACCUCUGGCACCACCGCGGAUGGUACGCUCGUAACGGAGAGCCAUUGCCACCAAAGACAACCACCACCACCACUCGUACAACAACCACCACAACAAGACUAUAA